CCCGGAGCCAGCGGUCAACACAGUAAUGAUGUCAGACGACCGGAAAGAAACCGGACAAACGGAGGUUUAACCACGGUCUGUCGGGCUGACGAUGAUGCUGAAGCAGCGGUGAUGCGACAUCCGCCUGCUGACCGACAUGCACCGGGAACUGUGUUUAAUAAUCCCGAAAGCCGCCGUUUCUCCGCUGUUCAGAGCGCGAAGCGGGCGGGCAUGAGCGAGGAGAGCCGAGAACCGGGAUCCAGCACCGGCACCGGCCAGCUCUCGCGCUCAGAUUACAGGAUCAUCCAGAAGAUCGGGGAGGGCACCUUCUCUGAGGUGCUGAAGGUGCAGAGCCUGAGGGACGGACAACAUUACGCCUGCAAGACCAUGAAGCAGAGCGUGCACAGUGUGGAGCAGGCGCACAGUCUCAGGGAGGUUCAGGCCAUGAAGCGUUUGAGUCCCCAUCCCAACAUCCUGCAGCUGCACGAGCUCCUGUAUGAUGAAGACACCGGGAGCCUGUCGCUCAUCUGUGAACUGAUGGACAUGAACAUCUACCAGCUCAUCAAAGGCCGCCAGUAUCCUCUAUCCGAGAGCAAAGUCAGGCACUACAUGUUCCAGCUGUGCCGGUCUCUAGAUCACAUGCACAGCCACGGGAUCUUCCACAGAGAUGUGAAGCCGGAGAAUAUCCUGAUCACAAGCGAGGUGCUGAAGCUGGCAGAUUUCGGCUCCUGCAGGAGCAUCUUCUCCAAGCCUCCACACACAGAGUACAUCUCCACCCGCUGGUACCGCGCGCCCGAGUGCCUGCUGACCGACGGACACUACUGCCAGAAGAUGGACCUGUGGAGCGCCGGCUGCGUGUUCUACGAGCUGCUCAGUCUGUCUCCGUUAUUCCCGGGCCGGAAUGAGCUGGAUCAGGUCAACAAGAUCCACGAUGUUCUGGGGACGCCGGACACCAUGCUGCUGCAGAAGUUCAAACAGUCUCGGGCGAUGCGCUUCGACUUCCCUCCCCGUAAGGGCUGUGGGUUCUCUGUGCUGGUCCCGCACUGCUCUGCGGCCGCUCUCUCUCUACUGCACCUCAUGUUGACCUAUGACCCCGAGCAGCGCAUCAGUGCCCGCGCCGCGCUGCAGCACCCCUGCUUCAGAGACCUGCGGAUGGCGGAGCGUAAGGCAGUGAGUCUGCGGAGGGCUGUUGGCGAGUGCAGCGGUGUGCCAGUGGAUCAGCGAUGGCGUGUGGCGCGGCAGGGUCGGCGACAGCAUCUGAAGCAGGUCGGUGAUCCGCUCAGCAGACGGAAUGCUCCUCAUUUCCCCCUGGAGCUGCCGAAACUCAAUGUUGUGAUCCCGACGCCGAAGAUCCCGUACCCGCUCUCCAGCUUCCCGGCUGUGAGCGUCUCUCACCGCGGCUCUCUGCCAGCCAUCUCCAAAAAGUGCCACUCGCGUCUUAAACCCAAAGAGGAGCCGCACCGUUUGAAGAGCUACUACAUGCCUUCGCUGGAACGCAAUCAUGAAAACUACUGACCGACACCACCAGUCCAGACGAGUACUGACCGACACCACCAGUCCAGACGAAUACUGACAGACACUAACAGUCCAGAUUACUACUGACAGAUACCACCGUUACAGAUGACUACUGACCGACACCACCAGUCCAGACGACUACUGACCGACACCACCAGUCCAGACGACUACUGACCGACACCACCAGUCCAGACGACUCCUGACCGACACCACCAGUCCAGAUGACUCCUGACCAAAACCACUAUUACAGACAACUACUGACAAACACGACCCUUACAGACGACUACUGACCAUAACCACCAGUCCAGACGACUACUGACCAAAAACCACCAUUACAGACGACUACUGAUCAAAACCACCAUUACAGACUACUGACCGAAACCACCAUUACAGAUGACUACUGACUGCACCAGUCCAGACGACCACUGACCAACACCACCAGUCCAGACGACUACUGACCGACACCACCAGUCCAGAUUCCUACUGACCGAUGCCAGCGUUCCAGAUGACUACUGACCGACACCACCAUUCCAGACGACUACUGAUCAAAACCACUCUUACAGACUACUGACCGAAAUCACCAUUACAGAUGACUACUGACUGCACCAGUCCAGACGACCACUGACCAACACCACCAGUCCAGACGACUACUGACCGACACCACCAGUCCAGAUUCCUACUGACCGAUGCCACCGUUCCAGAUGACUACUGACCGACACCACCAGUCCAGACGACUACUGACCGACACCACCGUUACAGAUGACUACUGACGGACACCACCGUUACAGACGACUACUGACGGACACCACCAGUCCAGACGUCUUCUCACCAACACCACCAGUCCAGACGCCUACUGACUGACACCACCAGUCCAGAAGACUACUGACCGACACCACCAGUCCAGACGACUACUGACCGACACCACCAUUACAGACGAGUACUGACGGACACGACCAUUAGAGACCACUACUGAUCGACACCACCAGUCCAGACGAAUACUGACUGACACCACCAUUACAGACGAGUACUGACCGACACCACCAGUCCAGAUUACUACUGACCGAUACCACCAUUACAGACGAGUACUGACCAACACGACCAUUAGAGGACUACUGAUCGACACCACCAGUCCAGACGAAUACUGACUGACACCACCAUUACAGACGAGUACUGACCGAUAACACCAGUCCAGACGACUACUGACCGACACCACCAGUCCAGACGACUACUGACCGACACCACCAGUCCAGAUUACUACUGACCGACACCACCAUUACAGACGAGUACUGACCAACACGACCAUUAGAGGACUACUGAUCGACACCACCAGUCCAGACGAAUACUGACUGACACCACCAUUACAGACGAGUACUGACCGAUAACACCAGUCCAGACGACUACUGACCGACACCACCAGUCCAGACGACUACUGACCGACACCACCCGUCCAGAUUACUACUGACCGAUAACACCAGUCCAGACGACUACUGACCGACACCACCAGUCCAGACCACUACAGACCGAAACCACCAGUCCAGAUUACUACUGACCGAUACCACCAUUACAGAGGACUACUGACCGACACCACCAGUCCAGACGACUACAGACCGACACCACCAGUCCAGACCACUACAGACCGACACCACCAUUACAGACAAGUACUGACCGACACCACCAGUCCAGACGAAUACUGACUGACACCACCAUUACAGACGAGUACUGACCGAUAACACCAGUCCAGACGACUACUGACCGACACCACCAGUCCAGACGACUACUGACCGACACCACCAGUCCAGAUUACUACUGACCGAUACCACCGUUACAGAUGAUUACUGACCGACACCACCAGUCCAGACGACUACUGACCGACACCACCAGUCCAGACGACUACUGACCGACACCACCAGUCCAGAUUACUACUGACCAAUACCACCAUUACAGACGAGUACUGACCGACACGACCAUUAGAGGACUACUGAUCGACACCACCAGUCCAGACGAAUACUGACUGACACCACCAUUACAGACGAGUACUGACCGAUAACACCAGUCCAGACGACUACUGACCGACACCACCAGUCCAGACGACUACUGACCGACACCACCAGUCCAGAUUACUACUGACCGAUACCACUGUUACAGAUGACUACUGGCCGACACCACCAGUCCAGACGACUACUGACUGACACGACCAUUAGAGAAGACUACUGACCGACACCACCAGUCCAGACGAAUACUGACCGACACCCAGUCCAGACUACUGACCGACACCACCAGUCUAGACGACUACUGACCGACACCACCAGUCUAGACGACUACUGACCGACACCACCAGUCCAGAUGACUACUGACCGACACCACCAGUCCAGACGACUACUGACCGACACCACCAGUCCAGACGACUACUGACCGACAUCACCAGUCCAGACGACUACUGACCGACAUCACCAGUCCAGACGAGUACUGACCGACAUCACCAGUCCAGAUGACUACUGAGUGAAACUAGAAAUCCAGAUGAGUCCAGAAUGUCCAGUCCAGAGGGCCACUGGCGGCCAGUGAAACUCCAGCAGUAACGCAGGUCACGCAGCAGGCGUCUGUGGUUCCAGUAUGGUUUGAUCAGCAACAGACUGAACAUGUGAACUUUCCGUUGAAUGUAAUCAGGUCUUUGUGGAAACACAACGUUGUGAAAGCGGCACAGGCUGAUAUGUGCAGUGGUUCAGUGUCAGUCCUGUUCACACCAGAGUACUGUACUCUACGAGAAUGGAUGGAAGUGGACUUUAAUUCUGUGUGGUCUGAGCCAGACUGAGUCUGAGAGUCUGCUGGUGCCAUGACUCUCCUCAAGAACUCCUCCUGCUGGUGCUCGUGUGUGUGUGUGUGUGUGUUUUAUAUUUACAGACGCGACCAGCUCACACAGAUCUCAUCAAUAGUAUGAAAUGAGCAGACGAGGGUCAUCAGAAGCGCCGGUUUGCUGUCAGGAGCCACUGUGACACGCGUCACCUUCAAUAAAAGCCUUUUACUUUA